GAUGAUGACCGCUGUUACUUUCCGGGUAAAGUCGAGUCAGGAAUCCACACUCUGCGGGUGCCCAUCGCAUCUUGAGAAUAGGACCGAUUGACCGUUGCCCAUCUCGGGCUCUGCCUCACCGACGAUGACGUUUCCGGCGCAAUUUGCAUGAUAUUCACUCAACCAGCGUACCUAAGUCCAAUAUCUCAACUCGGUGUCUGCUUGAUUCACACUCGCUAUAUUAAACUCCUUUCCAGCGACUGCAUUCCCGAUUUCUCGUGGCACUUCAGCAGUCUCUUGUGUUGCCUGUCGAUAUCUCAACGUUGCAGAUCAGCUUCGUGGUCAACGAGAAAAUGAAGAUUACAGGGUUUUCUCUCGCUGUUGCCCUUGCCAGCUCUUCAGCUGCGGCACAGUCAAACAGCACUGCGCUAUCUGAAGUGCCAUACUACGGAAGAAGUCCACCGGUGUACCCAUCCCCUAUCGGCAAUGGCUCCAGCAACGCUGGCUGGGCCGCCGCCUAUCGUCACGCAAGGGCCUUGGUCUCCCAGCUCACCGUCGAAGAGAAGGCAAACAUCACUCGAGGGUGGACUGGCACAUGUGUAGGGAACUCCGGCGAGGUUCCUCGGCUCGGAAUCCCAGCACUGUGCUUUGCUGAUGCACCCGACGGAAUUCGCGGUCAAGAAUUUAUUUCUGCCUUCCCAACUGGAAUCCAUGUUGCCGCUACCUUCGACAAAACCCUCCUGUACAAGUAUGGUAAGGCGCUAGGUGACGAGUACUACGGGAAGGGUAUCAACGUCGCUCUCGGUCCGGCCGCUGGACCUCUUGGAAGGGUUGCUCGUGGUGGUCGCAACUGGGAGGGUUUGUCGAGCGACCCAUACCUUGCAGGUGUUGGCAUGGGCGCGAUUACCCGUGGUAUCCAGAAUGCCGGUGUCAUCGCCACUGCCAAACAUUGGCUUUUGAACGAGCAAGAGUAUCGCCGUCGAGUAUCCGACCUGGGCGAGGCAAUCAGUUCGAACGUGGACGACCGAGCACUUCAUGAACUUUACGUCUGGCCCUUCAUGAACUCUCUCAAGGAGGGUGCCGCCUCCGUUAUGUGCUCAUACCAAAGAUCCAAUCACUCUUACGGCUGCCAAAACUCCAAACUCUUAAAUGGUAUCUUGAAGACUGAGCUUGGCUUCGAGGGUUUUGUUGUUAGCGAUUGGGAAGGCCAGAUGGGCGGUGUUGCCUCAGCCAACGCUGGCUUGGAUCUUGUGAUGCCGGAUGACGGUUUCUGGGGAGACAAGCUGAUCGAGGCUGUCAAGAAUGGUUCUGUAACAGAGGAUCGACUCUCCGACAUGGCCACAAGAAUUCUCGCUGGCUAUCACUUCCUUCACCAAGAGCACGCUUUCCCUGCUCCGGCUGUGCACUCCAAUCUUCAAAAGGCUUACCCCGUCGAUGUUCAAGACGACCAUGCUUCUUUGAUCCGCCAAAUCGGAGCGGCUGGCACAGUCUUGGUGAAGAACAUCAACCAUACGCUUCCGCUUAAGAACCCCAAGUUCCUGUCUAUCUAUGGCUACGACGCAACAGUCAAUGCCAUCCCCUGGCAAAACCCCACUCGCUAUGGCGGCGGUUACGAAGUUAACUUUGGCUGGGAAACAUUCAACGGGACACUGAUCACCGGUGGUGGCUCUGGAGGCAGUACUCCUCCAUACGUGGUAUCGCCGUUCCAGGCAAUCCAGGAGCGAAUCUCCAAGAACCGAGGCAUUCUCCGAUGGGACUUCUACUCUGAGAACCCCUCCCCGCCCUACGUCAACUCCGAAGCCUGCCUUGUAUUCAUCAACGCUUAUGCCUCUGAGAGCUUUGAUCGCCUAAGCCUCACAGACGAAUUUAGCGACAACCUCGUCCAGAACGUAGCCGCAAACUGUUCAAACACUGUGGUCGUGAUUCACUCAACUGGCAUUCGCACUGUUGAUGCUUGGAUCGAGCACCCCAACGUCACUGCUGUUCUUUUUGCCGGACUGCCUGGCCAGGAGAGCGGUCACAGUCUUGUGGAUGUAUUGUGGGGUGACAUCAAUCCCUCUGGCAAGCUGCCUUUUACUGUCGCUCGUCAGGAGUCGGAUUAUGGGAGCCAUCUCAAUUCGAGUGCCUCAGAUGACUUCUUCCCUGACAGUGACUUCACUGAAGGCCUUUACAUCGAUUACCGCUAUUUCGAUGCACACAACAUCACUCCUCGCUAUGAGUUUGGCUAUGGGCUCUCAUACACCACUUUCAGCUUUGCUGAUUUGUCCGUCGCGCUCACGGCAGACGCUGAUACAUCAGAAUAUCCCGACCCUGGUGUGCUAAUUGUGCAGGGAGGCCAUCCAUCACUGUGGGAAAACGUCGCAGUCGCAAGAGUAUCUGUCACUAAUACCGGCGAUGUGGAUGGAGCGGAGGUUGCGCAACUAUACAUCGGGGUUCCGGGCGACGACACACCCAUUCGACAGCUUCGAGGCUUCUCCCGUGUCUUCCUCUCUCGUGGGCAGACGCAGUCGGUCGCAUUUGAACUCACAAGACGUGAUCUGAGCAUCUGGGAUGUCGAAGCUCAGCAGUGGCGUUUACGUCGGGGAACUUACACUGUAUGGUCUGGGUCAUCGAGCAGAGAUCUCGUUCUGCAAGAUACCAUUGAAAUUCAGUAGCGUGUAGUAGUCAGUUCUCGGGAGAGAGUUGCCAAAUAUUGAAUGACAUUUAUUAUGAAACUGCAUCAUUAC